AUGCGGGCUUCACUAAAACAGACACAAAGAAUGAUAACUUUCAUUGUCAUUAAGCGACACUUCAAGACUCUGCUUUGCCCUUUCAACCCCGGCAGAAAAGGAGAAAGGUUGGAUACCGUGGUGAAGUCUCGUGUAGAGCAUGGCCCCAUUCCCCGUUACCUGCUCAGCUGUCUCCCGGAUCAUCAAGGAAGGCGCGGGCUAUUGAUUAAGUGCAGUAAGUCGGCGAUCAGAAACUGCUUCACCAGUUCUGGAAACAGGGGUGUAGUAGUGCUGCCGAAGACCGACAAGAAGACGAUGAACAUAUCAUUCAGCAACGGAGCCGCUAACCGUUCUGAACACAGGAGGCACACCGCGUAA